GAGAAGGAGAAGAGAACGAAGGAGAGAUAAGAGAACGAAGGAAAGAGAGAAAAGGAAGAAAGGAAGGAAGAAAUGGCCUAUCAGUUGUUGGACGACCCUUACCAGGCUGCCGUGGAGUGGAGAGGCUUUGCAGGGGACGAUGCCGAAAUCCGGCUCAUCCUGGUCGGAAAGUCUGGUGGUGGGAAGAGCGCCACGGGCAACACCAUACUUGGAGGGAAGGUGUUUAAGUCCAUCUUGUCAGCAAAAAUCACCACCCUGAGGUGCCAAAGGGGACAGGGAAGCUGGCAGGGCAAGACGAUCUACGUGGUCGACACGCCAGCCAUGUUCGAUUCCGACGAUUACAGUGAGGGUGUGCGACGGGAGGUCAUGUCUUGCAUUGACUUCUCCCGGCCUGGCCCCCACGCCUUGAUCUUGGUGACCCAGGUGGGACGCUUCACCGCCGAAGACGUGGCUGCCGCAAAGUGCGUCUGGGAUAUCUUUGGGGCAGAAUCCACCAGGUGCACAAUCGUCCUCUUCACUUGCGUGGAGGAUUUGGGUGGGGACCCCCUGCAUGAGUACGUCCGAAACUCCGACAACAAAAAUCUACGGGAUGUGAUCCAGCAAUGCCGGAACCGCUUCUACGGGUUCAACAACAAGGCCACGGGAGCCGAGCGGGAUAAUCAGGUCUCGGAGCUGAUGGACAUUGUGCAGAGAACCGUUUCAGAGAACGGGGGUGGGUACUACACCAACCAGCUGUAUUUGGAGCCCAACCUGACAGAUGGCAUUGUCAAAGCUGUCCUGGCGAAGAACAAAAAAGCCCGAAAAAUGGCAGAGAAUGCUUUGAAGUGGAAAGAAAAAAUUUUAAUGGCUGCAAUAAUCACUAUCUGCUUCGUAAUCUUCCUAUAUAUUGUAGCUGAACUAUCUUAAGUCUUCUUUCGUUCGACAUCUUUGGGACAGAUCUUCUGAUCUGAAUGUGGGAAGGGGGCUGGUCUAAGUUCAUGUAGAUCAGGGGACCCCAACCAUUUGGGCCCCGGGGAAUGCUUCCAUUGAGAGAGGUUUUUCCGCAGACCGAAGGAGCCGUGUUUUCACCUGCCAUCUGCAUCCUGCGGAUGCGGCUUUACUUCUUUCUGAGAACCGGUUUCUGGCAUGCUGUUCCACGACCCCCGGGACCCCUGAUGUAAAUGGCCAGAUUGAGCCUGAGGAAGAGGUCGAGGCUGUCAUGAGUCUUGAGUCCCAUCCUGCCGACAAGAGAUCUGUCCAUCUGAUUUUGAAUUCUGCUGACUUUUCUCUCCCGCUAAUUUAGUGCUGACUGUUAGUUGACCAGAUUCUUGUGUGUUCACCCGAAUAAUAAAUCAAACAUGCUGUAACUUCC